UUGCCCAUGUUUACAGGAGCAUAAACCGUUUUGGAGUCUGUCCGCCAUUGCAGGUCGUGUUUUCAGGCAGGUCGGGUGACCGUUUUGGGUGUUCAUCGGUGCCAAGCAUAGAAACUGCAUCAACUUUUUGAAUUUGAACAGAUCUUGAGAGAGUGAUCAGAUUCUACGCGCCAUGACAGUGAACGGAAAAUCUUGUUGCAGGGCCGUGGGGCGGGUCGUACCACGACUGAUCCUCAUCCUCGCCUACAUCUUCUAUCUCCUCUUCGGCGGUCUGGUCUUCUCCAUGAUCGAAGGUCCUCGGUACAAUCAACUCGUGGCCGAGGAGGCAAGCAAUGUCAAGAUGGCCAAGGAGAUGCUCAUCGAGGCCUACGGAAACAACACGAACAUGGAUGAAGUCAUUGUCAGACUCAAGACCCUGGUGUACGCCAUUGAACAUCCCGGCGAGAUGGAAAGUUAUCAUAACAAGACAGUGGUGCUCGGAGAGGAGUGGACUUUUGGUAACGCCAUGCUGUUUUGCAUGACUACUAUUUCGACAAUUGGAUAUGGUCAUCUUGUUCCUCAUACAUUUGUUGGGACUUUCCUCUGCAUCGUUUACUCCAGUAUCGGAAUCCCCCUAACAAUCCUUCUCCUUGCCGACCUCGGUCGCCUGUCAGCCAUUUCCAUCAUGAAAACGUUCAAUAAGUUGGCAAAAAAAUGCUGCAGGUGUGGUAAGAAGCGCGGCCUGGAGCGACGAAACAGCAUCCGACGAAGAUCCCAAAUCCCCCCAGAAGCCGAUGGCAGCGGUGGGAUGGAGUCCGAUGGAGAGAACAACCGAGAGCUAGAUCUGACCGAGGUCAAUAUUUCUCCUGAUGAUGAAGUGCAUAGGUCAAAUGGGGCUGACAACCUACAUGUAGACGAACCCGUAGUCGAGGUAGUAAACUGCGGGCACGAAGGCGAGAUCGACGACGACGAACUGCUGAACGACGUCCCCAUUUUCCUGCCUCCUAUCAUAUUCUGGAGCUACAUCGUCUUCACCGCUCCCGGAUUCGGCAUGAUCGAAGGUUGGUCCUUCCCCACGUCCCUCUACUUUCUCUACAUCUCUGUCACCACCAUCGGGUUCGGUGACAUCGUACCGAGAUCCUCAAUUGGUCUGGUCUUCGCUUGGACGGGUCUGUUGGUCACGUCGACAUGCGUCGCUCUCUCGUACCGCAAAAUCAUCAAAGUGGCCUCAUGGGUUGUAGACUUUCUUGAUUCACUGGUCAGUAGGGAACGUAUUCGGCAGAGGGAUGCCCGCUAUUCUAAUAUCGCGAUUUAGAUUAAGAGUCGGAGGUUAUAAUACAAGGUUUGGUAAUUUUGUUGUCGUAUUGAUUUUUUCAUUUUCAUCCACUCUUCUCGAACAUUAUUCUGGGGGUCAUAGCUUCGCGUAUAGUACAUUGAUUUCAAACAUACUUUUUUCUUCUUUUUUUCAAACGAAUCCUUUUAAGAUUUUAAGUUUUUAAUUUUUAAUUUUUACCUCGCAAAGGUAUGUUUUUUAAAACUGUAUGAUGUUGGUUCAAUUGUCACCGAAUUCAAUGGCUAAAACAAAACGAGCUUUGUUCAAUAUUAUUGUAUGCAAAAGUGUAUUUGUAAAUAACUGUAUGAUAUCGGUUUUAUCGUUACCAAAUUCAAUGGCUAAAAACACGAGAAUGCUUGUCAUUUAAAAAACAGUGUCCAAUCCCUUUUAUUCAAAAGUUCAUUAGCCUCUUGCCUGAGGCUCUCCAAUCUGAUAAAAUGUGAUAGUGUGAAUGAAUUAAAAACUCUGUCAAUUUCGGAAAUUAUGGCUUGGGAUAAUGUUCAUUUGAUGCAUUGUUUACCUGACCUAUAUAUCUCAUAAAUUGACCUGAAAGAAUUGUACAAAUUGUAAAAAAUUAAUUGCUCUUGUAGCUCUUCUUUAGGCAUUCAUACUAGUAUAUACUCUUUGUAUAUCAGUUGUAACCAUCAUUAGAACCGUAAUGGUGACGUAAUAAACAUGUAUAGCAGUGAGGUAUUGUUCUGUUAUCUAUUUAAUGAUUACUCUGUCACAAUAUAAUUGUGUAACUUUUUAACAUGGUCAUUUUAUUGGCAAUGAAAUUGAAUGAAUAAUAAUAAGAAGGAUACUUUUCUUACACAUUUUUAAAAAUGAAUAAUAUUGAGAACGAUUUUAAUUUCUCAUAGUGGCAGCGAUGGAAAGGAUGGUGUUAAUAGAAUCAAUAGAUCAGUUUCUGCACAUCUUUUUAUCUGUUUUGUUUGUUUUGUAUUUGCCUUCUUUCUACAAUGAAGAACACAGUUUGGUAUGUUAUAAUCACCUCUUGACUGAAUGUUCAUCUUAAAUAUCGUUCCGCACCUGUUAUUUUAACUAUUGAUGUAUUUAAAAAUGCUUUAAUUUGUUAUUAUUAUUCACGCUAAUAUUGUGGGAAUGUCUCGUCUCUAAUAACACUAACUGGUUUUCAUCAAAGGAAAGAGUGAUCACUGAGUAUGGAAGAGAAAAGGAUAUCAUAAUAACAAGAACAAUAAACUUAACUAAUUAUGAUUUGUUGUUGUUGAUUUAAUCAAUACUUAUUUAAUUCAUAAUGAAUUUUAGGCAGCAAAAAGGAAUCAGGUGAUAAUUCGAAUUAACCUUAUGCAUUUUGUUCAAAGUGAAACACUGUCAAAUGCGUUUUAAAGUAUCCCCAACAUGUUUGUUAUUAAUAUAUCAAAAAUAUUCCUGUAUAUUUCUGUAUAUAGCAGUCUCUAUCUUUAAGAUUUCUUAACCGAUUUUUUUUUGUACUCAAGUAACAUAUUCAAACCUAUCGUGUCGUUUUCAUAUCAGAGUUUCAGGGUCGUUGUGUCUACAAUCAUGACAAUUACAAAUGUUAUUUUUGUAAAGUGAUACAAACAUUAAUGACAUGCAAUUUAAGUUUGUUAGAAUGUAGGCUACGUUCAUCCAUAUACGUCAUAAAUGAUAGCAUGUCGGACAUGGGUUUCACAAAGUCUGGAAAAAUCAUAGUGAAAGCAAGCAAGCAGUUACGCCUGCAAUGCAAAGGAAUUCUUUUUAAUAUAAAAGCUUUGACCAAAUGACAUGUUAUCCGUGUAUACCGUCCUAUUGAUGUUUAGAACGUCCACUCUUUUAAUAAAAGGAAAUUUUCAUAACGCCAUAUCAUGUUUUAUUAAAUCGUGUUUGCACCUCUAA